AUGAGCGGCCACGACUCCAAAUAUUUCUCUACCACCAAAAAGGGUGAAAUCCCCGAGCUCAAAGAAGAACUCAAUUCUCAGUACAAGGAUAAGAGGAAAGAUGCUGUCAAGAAGGUGAUAGCAGCAAUGACGGUGGGGAAGGAUGUGUCCUCGCUUUUCACAGAUGUUGUGAAUUGCAUGCAAACAGAAAAUUUGGAGCUCAAAAAGCUCGUGUAUCUGUAUCUCAUCAACUACGCAAAGAGCCAGCCGGAUCUUGCUAUUCUUGCUGUAAAUACAUUUGUAAAGGAUUCCCAGGACCCAAAUCCUUUGAUCCGUGCUUUAGCUGUGAGGACAAUGGGAUGCAUUCGAGUUGAUAAAAUCACAGAGUAUUUAUGUGAUCCCUUGCAGCGGUGUCUCAAGGAUGACGACCCAUAUGUUCGCAAGACAGCAGCUAUAUGUGUUGCAAAGCUUUAUGACAUUAAUGCCGAGUUAGUGGAAGAUAGAGGUUUCCUGGAUGCUCUCAAGGAUUUAAUAUCAGAUAACAACCCCAUGGUUGUUGCGAAUGCUGUUGCCGCACUUGCAGAAAUUCAAGAGAGUAGCAGCAGGCCCAUAUUUGAGAUAACUAGUCACACUUUGUCAAAGCUUCUUACGGCUCUCAAUGAAUGCACAGAAUGGGGUCAGGUUUUUAUUUUAGAUGCUCUCUCCAAGUAUAAAGCGGCGGAUGCUCGUGAAGCCGAAAAUAUAGUUGAGCGAGUUACUCCUCGUUUACAGCAUGCAAAUUGUGCUGUUGUUCUCUCUGCUGUCAAGAUGAUCCUUUUACAAAUGGAACUGAUUACCAGCACUGAUGUUGUUAGAAACCUAUGUAAGAAAAUGGCCCCACCUCUGGUGACGUUGCUUUCUGCAGAACCAGAGAUUCAGUAUGUUGCUCUGAGGAACAUAAACCUUAUUGUGCAAAAGCGUCCCACUAUUCUUGCCCAUGAAAUCAAGGUGUUUUUCUGCAAAUACAAUGAUCCGAUUUAUGUGAAGAUGGAAAAGUUAGAGAUUAUGAUAAAGCUUGCUUCUGACAGGAAUAUUGACCAAGUUCUAUUGGAGUUUAAAGAGUACGCUACUGAAGUAGAUGUGGACUUUGUCAGGAAAGCAGUCCGUGCUAUUGGACGAUGUGCCAUAAAAUUAGAGAGAGCGGCUGAACGUUGCAUUAGCGUCUUACUUGAGUUGAUCAAGAUUAAAGUAAACUAUGUCGUGCAAGAAGCUAUAAUAGUGAUUAAGGAUAUAUUUAGGAGAUACCCCAACACCUAUGAGUCCAUAAUUGCUACACUUUGUGAGAACUUAGACACCUUGGACGAGCCAGAGGCAAAGGCGUCAAUGAUCUGGAUAAUUGGUGAAUAUGCCGAAAGAAUUGAUAAUGCCGAUGAGCUCCUCGAAAGUUUUUUAGAAACUUUUCCAGAAGAACCUCCUCAGGUCCAAUUGCAGUUGCUAACAGCAACAGUUAAACUUUUCUUAAAGAAGCCAACAGAAGGCCCACAACAGAUGAUCCAGGUCGUUCUGAAUAAUGCAACUGUGGAGACUGAUAAUCCCGACCUUAGAGAUCGUGCAUACAUUUAUUGGCGGCUCCUUUCAACUGAUCCGGAGGCAGCAAAGGAUGUUGUUUUAGCUGAAAAGCCUGUGAUUAGUGAUGACUCUAAUCAACUUGAUCCAUCUCUCCUGGACGAGCUUCUUGCCAACAUUGCGACAUUAUCAUCUGUAUAUCACAAGCCACCCGAAGGAUUUGUGACUCGUGUGAAAACUGUCCAGAAAACAGAGGAAGAGGAGUAUCCUGAUGGUGAAGGAGGUAAUUCCGAAUCACCUGCCAAUGCAGGUACUUCUGGUGGUGCCUCAUCGCCAGCCGCCACAAGUACUGUGCAGCCCUCUGCUGGAAGGCAAUCAUCUCCUGCUCCUGCAGCCGUGCCUGAUUUACUUGACCUGAUGGGCAUGGAUGGUAACACUAGUGCCCUGGUGCCGACUGAACAACCUGCAACCCCAGCUGGACCUUCUUUGCCGGUUCUAUUACCGGCACACACUGGCCAGGGCCUACAAAUUAGUGCCCAGCUGGUAAGACGAGACGGCCAGAUGUUCUACAGCAUGUUAUUUGAGAACAAUUCUCAGAUACCACUCGAUGGGUUUAUGAUUCAGUUCAACAAGAACACCUUUGGUCUUGCUGCAGGUGCACCUCUUCAGGUCCCUCAAUUGCAACCUGGGACAUCUGCAAGCACCCUUCUGCCUAUGAUUUUGUUCCAGAACGUAUCUCCUGGCCCACCAAGCACGCUUCUGCAAGUUGCUGUGAAAAAUAAUCAGCAGCCUGUCUGGUAUUUCAAUGACAAAAUUUCCCUGCUUGUAUUCUUUUCAGAGGAUGGAAAAAUGGAGCGAUCCACGUUCCUUGAGACUUGGAAAUCUCUGCCCGACUCGAAUGAGGUCUCGAAGGAUUUUCCAUCAAUCGUGCUGAACAGCGUCGAGUCAACCUUGGACCUUCUGGCUACAUCCAACAUGUUCUUUAUCGCCAAGCGCAAACACUCAAAUCAAGACGUGUUGUACCUCUCGGCCAAGAUCCCUCGAGGUAUUCCUUUCUUAAUCGAACUCACUGCAGCAAUUGGUGUCCCGGGCCUCAAAUGUGCUAUAAAAACUCCAAGCCCGGAAAUGGCUCCACUUUUCUUUGAAGGGAUCGAAUCUCUUCUCAAAAGCUAG